AUGGGGCAAAGAAAUUGGCUUCUCUUCGAAUAUGCGAGCAAAAAGUAUUUCAUCGAAGUUGAUAUAAACGAUACAUUUGGAAAGUUCAAGCAAAUUGUUGAGAAUAAAAUAGGAACAAGACUUCCUGAAAACAUUGCAUUUAUCAAACAAGGCGGAGAUGAUAAGUAUGAAGAUAUGACUCAAACAUUUAAGGAUGCAGGCAUAACAGAAAUGUCAACACUUACUAUUACAAACUCUGCUUCGGCUCCAACCCGAACAAAAUCAGUUUCUGCUAAACCAGCACCAGCUCAACCAGCUCCUCAGAAAACAGAGCCAGUCAAAGCACAACCAAUUAAACCGGCCCAACCAGCUCCAGCUCCACAACCAGUUCCACAGCCAGCUCCAGCCAGACCAGCUCCACAACCAGCACCACAGCCGGCCAGAUCCGAUCUUAGUGACCAAAUACAACAAAUCAGCCAAGUUACAGGCGAAACUGAUCAUUCCAAAAUUGAAGCCUUAUUACGACAGAAUAAUGAAUCUGUCGAAGCUGUUGUUAACGCUAUAUUGGAUGAAAGAUCACAAACGAAUGUUGUUACACAGACAUCACAAUAUUCUAACGCUGUUCAAGAGCAAUUUAAUCAAUUUACUCAGGCAGAAAAGGAUGCCAUCGAAAGACUUAAGUCUAAUGGCUUCUCUUUCUCCCAGUGCGUUGAGAUGUUCGUAGCUUGUGAUAAGAAUGAAGAAUUGGCGUUAAGUCUUUUAUUAACAGGCUAA